UUAUUCUGCAAAUGGUGCUUUAAUUAGUUAGUUCAGUCACUGAUAAUCAUUAAUAUUCUUCCCACUUUCUUUCUUUCUCUCCAGCACGAUUCCGUUGGACAUGGAAGAAGACGACAGCAGUUUCUGCUCCCGGUCCAGCUUUGAUACUUGUCACCCACCCAUAACCGACGGGAGAUCACUAGCUGCCUAGCCCUAGUAGGGUCACUGCCUGCCUCCCCAGACAAGCCAACACAAAAGGGCAACCCCCCAUUCCUCCAUUUCAAUUCAAGUUUCAAACUUCUUGAGCUCACAAAACGAAUCUAGCUUUUCAGUUGUUUGCCGCCUUAAGAAUGGCGCUUCUGUUUUGGUGUAUCUUCGUUGCAGUCUCCACUUCCAUGUGACCAGUUUCCCGACUUCCGGCAAUAAGGACCAGGACCUUGCUAAGCAAAGACAUAAAUUCCUGGUCUUUUGGCUUACAUUAAAAAGAGGAAAAACACAUGGUAUCAGGAGGAUCACAGAAUGGAAGUCGAUGGCAGACCAUUGUGCCUUCCCCUUUCAAGACCAAACUAGCCAACAGAUUCUGCAUCUUCCCUAAGGUGAAAUGUACAGGUUAUGGCCCUGGUGAUACCCCUGUGUAUCUCAAUGUGUAUGACCUUACAACAGCUAAUGGUUAUAUCUAUUGGGCUGGCUUUGGAAUCUUUCACUCUGGAGUUGAAGUGCAUGGAGUGGAGUAUGCUUUUGGAGCCCAUGACUUCUCGACGACAGGUGUGUACGAUGUGGAACCUCGAAACUGCCCUGGUUUCAUCUUCAGGAGAUCCAUAUUCAUGGGGACUACUUCCUUGAACGCAAAGGAGUUUCGAGAGUUCAUGGAGGUUCAGUCUGCUGACUACAAUGGUGAUACUUAUCAUUUGAUCUUCAAGAACUGCAACCAUUUCACCCAGAAUGUCUGUUACAAGCUCACUGGCAACUCCAUCCCAAAGUGGGUCAAUCGGCUGGCAAGAAUAGGUUCAAUGUGCAACUGUGUGCUCCCUGAGACACUUCAGCAGGAUACGAGGGUGAGGGACGAAUCAAGUUGCCACCAAGAGGAGUGCUAUAGCGAGAAGAAGAGGCUGAGAAGCGCCUUCAGCGCGUUGUCAUCGAUCUCAAUCUCUCAAAUGGACAUAUCAGUUCCGAAGCUGUUUAGACAUUCCCAGUACAACCAGCCAUGGGAGUUCAGGAGGUCUAGAGAAAAAAGGGUGACAGAAGCAGGGUCCAAGUGAAUUGCUUUUUUCAUUCGUUGCAACAUUAUUGAUUUGAUUGCAUUCAUUGAUCUGCUGUUAUGGAAAAGUGGUUCACCAGCAAAGCAGCUGAUUUUGUUAUAUACCUGUUUAUACUAAGCUGGGUCCUGCUUGACUGUACGGCUGCUGGUGCAUCGAGUUGUUCUUAGAACUAUAUUUAUUCAAGAAAAUUUUGGGACAAAAGUUGCGGUAACAACUCACAAGUCAUAUGGAUUUGCAACAAUUGUUCUUGAACAUUAUCCAUAUCGCUCUUUAAUCCAAUAGUGUACUAUUAGAGAUGGC